GGGGCGGGCAGGGCGGCGAUGGCGGCGGAGGAGCCUCAGCAGCCGCAGCCGGAGCCGCUGGGCGGCAGCGAUGCCGACGGCGUGAACUGUUUGGCCUACGACGAGGCGAUCAUGGCGCAGCAGGACCGGAUCCAGCAGGAGAUCGCGGUGCAGAACCCGUUGGUGUCGGAGCGCCUGGAGCUCUCCGAGCUCUACAAGGAAUACGCCGAGGAUGACCACGUGUACCAGGAGAAGAUCAAGGUGGGCUACUGGGGAUACUGGGAGAUACUGGGACACCAGUAAGGGGCUGGGGAGAAC